AUGCCAGGCAAAUAUCAAAAGCUCGCUGGGAAACACGUCCUCGUUAUUGGAGGAUCAUCCGGAAUCGGAUAUUGCGUUGCAGAAGCCUCACUUGAAUCCGGAGCCUCCGUUACAAUCUCCUCUUCCUCUCCCGAUCGCGUGGCCAAAGCGGUCGAGAAACUGAAGAGUAGUUAUCCAGGUGGCAACGUCACGGGAUAUGCAUGCGAUCUCUCGAAAUCGACUCUGGAAUCUGAUGUUGAGAAGUUGUUUGAGCAGACCGGGAAGGUGGAUCAUAUAGUUUUCACGGCGGGUGAUGCAUUGGCUACGAUUCCGCUCAAGGAUUCCACGCUGGAGAGUAUACAGAAGGCGGGACAAGUGAGGUUUUUCGCACCGUUGUUGGUGGCGAAGGUGGGGAGUCGAUAUUUGAGUGAGGGGCCGCAGGCUUCGAUUACGUUGACUACGGGGGCGACGGCGGAUAAACCGUUGGAGGGGUGGAGUGUCAUCACUAGUUUUGCGGCGGGGUUGCAUGGGAUGGCGAGGGGACUGGCGGUCGAUUUGGCGCCGGUGAGGGUUAAUGUGGUGAGUCCUGGAGCGGUGAGGACGGAGUUGUGGGAUGGAAUGGAGGAGAAGGAGAGGGAGGCUCUUUUCCAGAGUGUGAAGGGGAAGGUUUUGACGAAGCAUGUUGCGAUGCCGGAAGAGGUUGCAGAGUCGUAUUUGUGGUUGAUGAAGGAUAGUAACGUGACGGGAACCGUUGUGAGGAGCGAUUCUGGUUCCUUGCUUGUAUAA